GGUAACACACCCUCUUCCGGCCAACUCAUCUGAACUCUGCUGUCAGUUCAAAUGUGUCACUUUUUGUCAAUCAGUCAAAUAAUCAAUCGCUUCACUUUAAAAUAGACCGAAGUUAAAGAGUGAAGACAACAGGCAAAAUGGUGUUGCUGACGAUGAUCGUUCGUGUCGCCGACAGUCUGCCACUUGCUGCAUCUAUGCAAGAAGACGAGCAGUCUGGGCGAGACUUACAGAAGUAUCAGAGUCAAGCCAAGCAGCUUUGCCGAAAACUGAACGAUCAGAGUCCUGCACGGUGCACUUUAGAGGCAGGAGCCAUGGCCUUUCACUACGUCAUUGAGAAAGGAGUGUGUUACUUGGCCUUAUGUGAAGCUGGAUUCCCCAAGAAACUGGCGUUUGCUUAUCUGGAGGAUCUGGAGGGAGAAUUCAGUGAGCAGUAUGGGACAAAGGUCCCUUCAGUGUCACGGCCAUACUCUUUUAUCGAAUUUGACACAUACAUUCAGAAAACCAAAAAGUCUUACAUCGACAGCAGAGCACGAAGAAAUCUGGGCAGCAUCAAUACAGAGUUACACGAUGUGCAAAGGAUCAUGGUUGCUAAUAUAGAGGAAGUGCUCCAGCGUGGAGAAGCGUUAUCUGCCUUGGAUUCAAAAGCAAGUAAUCUGUCCAGCCUGUCAAAGAAGUACCGCAGCGAUGCUAAGUAUCUCAACACACGGUCCACCUACGCUAAAGUCGCUGCCGGCGCUGUGAUUUUAAUCACACUCAUUGUUUAUGUGCGUUUCUGGUGGCUGUAAAUGUAUGUGACAAAUUUAAGCAGAAACUCAGGGCCUCACUCACAAAAAUGGUUCAGACUCCAGAGAGUCUGUUCUGGCCUUAAGAUUGUGUCUGAGACACUGAAUGUAGUUGUCAAUGACGUUUUGUCAAGUUGUCUUUUUACAGCAGCACCUUGCUUUAUUUAUAACAUAUAUCAGUGGUUGGUGUUAAUGAUGUAGUUGUUGCCUUGUCUGUGUUCAGGAUGUUGAUAACAGAGCUAUGCAAAGUAUAUGUGGAGUUUAUUGGAAAUUACAUCUAUAUCUGGUGAAAAAAUGUUGAUGCAGCUUUCUUGGGACAGAUUUUAAGUCCCCACUUUGUCAAUAUUUUUAAUUUCUGAUUUAUAUGUAAAAUGUGAAAGUGCUUUUCUAGGAACAAAGUAAAUUCAGACAAUUGAA